AUCAGAGGAGACAAGACAGGAGUGAUUGAGAGCGUGAGCUCCCGAGUUCACAUCGUCAUGGCUUCGGCAGAGCAACCUCUGAAGAAGCGGAAGUUAUACGAAUCUGUUCCAGAACAUCAAAUUAUCCAUCAGAGAUUUAUAUCUCCCCUGUCUCAGGAAGAAGUUAUUAGAAAGAGACGAAACAGAGAUGAGAUUAGAAAUUUGUACGACUGUUACAGAAGAAUUAGGUUUUGUAUCUCUCAGAAAGACGCUCGUCUUAUGCCCGACUUCGAACAGGCUUAUCUCUCACUCAUCACUGCUUCAAGAGGAUGCACAAGUGCACAGCGUAUUGUAGCUGAACUCAUUCCUCGAUAUGCAUCAUAUUGCCCUACUGCUCUUGAAGCUGCUGCUAAAGUUGCUAUCAAUAUGUACAAUUGGGGUUUGGCACUUUUAGUUAGAGGUGAAGAUGCUGAUGGUGUUGCAUUUCAGACGGCUAAAGCCUGUGUUUUCGGUCUAGUAGACAUCUGUUGCACUGCAUCAUCAGAGGCACCAACAUCUUCUGUGAUUAGAGGCAUAUGCUCUGCUGUUUUCUUGAACGUGCUGACAUUCUUUAUAUCCUCAUUCGAAGGCAAGGAUAUUUAUCAGAUUUGUGGCAGGGAAAUUGCAAUGGUACAAAAUUCACAGGAAUUCUUUACUGAGAUGAAGCAAAAAUUGGCAGAUGAAGAUGAACCGGAGUUGUCUAAAUUAUUCAGGUUCCGAGCACUGAGCCUGCUUUGGAUUUUCUUUUGUUGUCCGAAGAAUUUACUUGCAGCUUGUUUCGAGCUCUUCAUUACCGGCGCAACAGAUGGAAUUUAUAAAGGACAUUACUUUUUAAGGCAGGUUACAAGCCACUUUGAUGUUGAUGAUGUAACCCGGCCAUUGGACAAUACAAGUGAUGAUGCUCGGUCAUGUACAGGUCAGGUCCAGGAAAGCAUUAAGGGCAAUGGCAUUGGUGGCGAGGGCCUAUUAUCGGAUGACAAUCAUAUUUCGGAGGAUACAUCCCUCGUUUCAAAGAACUGUUUGAUGGGAAUGGUCCUUAGCAAAGACCAAUCUUUAAGAGGUUGGAUCUUUGCAAAGUAUAAUAAAUUAUGUAAAUCAGUAUCUUCUCAGGCAAUGUUGGAAAUUUCAUCUGCUCUGGAAGGGAUAUUCGAGUCUUUCUCGGAAUUGGUGAAAGAAGCACAUAGCCCAGAAGGAAGUGAUGAAGAUAAAUCUGAUCCAUCAAAAUAUAUAAAUCGGCAAUACUUGAUGCACAGAGUCCCUAGUCAAAAUGAGAAAUCCGUUGAAGGAUCUCAGAGGGGCAGCCAUGGAAAAGUCCGUGAUACUUCUGCUAGUGAUGCAUUCUAUGAGAAACGGGAUUCAGCUGAAAAAGUUGCAGUGCAAUCUGCGAAGCCUUCCAGCUCAGUAGUUCCUCUUGAGACUGAUUCCCGAUCAGUGAAUAAGAAAUCAAAUCAAGGAAGUGGAGGCUCUGGCUGCAGGAAGGGCUUGGAGACUACAGAGCAUGGAGAUUCACGCUGUGACAGACCUGUACGAAAAGACCUGGCUAACAGCCAGUUUCCUUCACCAGUUGCUAAAAUGCCAUUGGAGUUCAUGAAUGAUGCAUUUGAAGGUGGAAACAAUCUUGCUCAUGUGGAGAAGAAUCAAGUUUCAAAUGUGGACCUUGGCCAUUCUUCCAUGAGAUCCACAGGUUCUGCCUCUAAUGUUUUGGCAUCUCCUAAACAGCAUUUGGUUGGUCGGAAUCCUUCUUCCACUAGUCAGAUUAUUUGGUAUUGUGAUGGGGACCCUGCAGCCAUGGAUAUCUAUUCAGCUUCUCAACAACUAUGGUUGGGUUCUGUAGGUCCUGAGGCAUCAGAGAAUCUUGUAAGAUUUCAGUUUGAGAAAUUUGGUCAUGUAGAAUACUUUUUAUUACUUCCUAUUAAAGGAUUUGCCUUGGUUGAGUACCGCAACAUAAUGGAUGCUAUAAGGGCACGAGAAUGUAUGCAGGGAUCUUCCCCUUGGGGUGCAUGUCUUCGCAUAAAGUUUGUAGAUAUAGGAUUAGGAACUAGAGGAGCUAUUAAUGGUGUUGCAGUUGGUUCAAGUUGCCAUGUUUAUAUUGGCAAGGUUUCAAGUCAAUGGGCCAAAGAUGAGAUUAUGCAUGAAGUAAUGAAAGUGUGUCUGAAGACUCCUCCCAAGGUUACAGAUCUUGCCAGUGAAAGUGCAUUGCUAGUGGAAUUUGAGACUGCUGAAGAAGCUGCCACUGUGAUGGCACAUCUCCGGCAGCAUCGUAAGGAGAAUGGCUACCAUAUGCUAUUGAAUAAAAGUUCAACAUUAAAUGCAGUCAGAGAUGAUAUUGGAAUAUCUCAAAUGAAUGGUGGAAGAUUUGUUCCUAACACCAUCCAUGUUGAAUUUAGAAACAAUAACCCUGGAAGCUUGCCAACUGGCAUGGUUGGAUCACCGCAUAUUCCAGCAGUACUUGAUAGUCCUAUCGAUGUCUCUAAGGCAAGGAUGUCUAAAUUAUCUUCUUUACUGUCAUCAUUAUGUACAAAAUACAAUAUUAUACAGGGCUCAAGUUCUUUUGAUGGUCAGAUAUCUAGAAACCAUCUUGUAAUUGCCACAAGGGAUGAAGAUAAAUUGCCAACAAGCACUCUCUGGAUUGGGCUACCAGAUGCAAACUCCUCACUUCUCACUGAUGAUGAAAUAAAGGCUGUAUGUAAUCUGGCAGCUGGAAAUGUUGGUUCUGUUGUCAGGCUGACACGAGGGAAUAUGCAAAUGGGUUGCUGUUUUGUUGAAUUCAGUUGUGUGGAUGCUGCAGUUAUUGCACUGAAGAAUCUCCGGGGUUGCCCUGGCAUGUUCUUUCAGAUAGAAUUCAGUCAAUCAGGGAAGCACCAUAAUUCACCGUCUCUGAUUAGAUCAAAUAGCAGUACUCUUGAGCUCAUAUCACCAAGAAUUAAGGUGGAAAAUCAUGUAACCUCAGUACAAGAUGCACAACCAUUCCAGUCAAGCUGGUCUGUUUCAGGUUGUACAGACAGGCUAGAAGUUGGAACAAGGAAAAUUGAUGAUGGUUUUGAAAGUAACAUGGGAGGGGAUCUUUCACAAGCAGAUGGUCAUGCUGUUCCUCUGGCCAGUAAACAAAUGUGGACGUAUAAGAAGCCUGAAACUGAGCUGCAGUUUUCAGCACCAGGGAGUGUACCUUGCCCAUCCACAGCAACACAAGGGCUGACUAUUCCACCACCACCAUUAGCUCACUCAUCCUUGUAUAUGCGCCCUGUCUACCUUGGUCCAAACAGUUCUUGGGAUACAAACUUCACAAAUCAACCUUUGCCUUUGAACCAGAUGCCUACAGGCAUUUUGCCCAAUAACCUUCUUGUGAAUGCAGCUGCUGCCCCAUUCCCUCCUGCUUCUGUGACUCCACUAGCCCAGAUAUCAGGAAGUUCAAUGCAGCAAUUUGAUCAAAUGGUUUCCCUGCCUACUGCACCACAAUUAUCACCCCCACCACCUCCCCCUCCAGACAUGCCACCUCCUUUACCUCCAUCACCCCCUCCUUUGCCUCUCUCUCAGCCGCCUCUUGUUCCACCUCCUCCCAGUUCCCCUCCUCCACUUCAACCUGCUGUUGAAUCUUCCAAUUCGGAAAAGGGCUUGCAAUAUAAGUGGCAAGGUGCACUUUGUAAAAGUGGUGUUCAUUACUGUAAUAUUUAUGCACACAGAGAGGACUCAGAUGCUUGCAAGUAUUCAAACCUCAUAUCUGAACCUGCUGGAUGGCCAGCUAGAUUAGAUAUGACAAAGCGCACAGAUUUUCGGCAUGUGAGGUCAACAUUUACUAGUACACCACCACAUAAAAGAGAGGUCUGUCGAUUGCUCCCAUCUACGACUGGUGACCAGAAAGGCUUUCAGGAUUUUGUGUCAUACUUGAAGCAGAGGGAAUGUGCAGGAGUGAUCAAGAUCCCCACAGGGAAAUCCUUGUGGGCAAGACUGCUCUUCAUUCUUCCGUAUUCACUGGACACUUGCUCAAUGCUUGCAAUUUCGCCCAACCCAUCAGAAUGCCUAAUUGCUUUGGUUCUGCCGAAGGAAACCAAUUUUGAAUGGGUAUGAAUCUUCUCCUUUUGUGAUGCAAGUAAAAGAAGG